CUUCAACCCUCCACCUGAACCUUUGGAUCAACCACACUCCCCAACACUCAUCACACCCACUACUCCAGCCAUGUUCAGUAAUCUCAACUCCCAAAGACGAACGCAUGAAAGUCCUAUGGAUUGGGAAUGGCAAAAUCAAGCCCCAGUUGAUCCAAAUACUCCAUUUCCUCAAUACAAACCUCAACAAGGCCAACCAAAACGUAAAUUCACCCAACCAUAAUCCCCAUGAAGAUAUUCCGCUGACAUGAAAAUAGCAAAUUUCCAAUCGCCGGUGAGAUCAGCAAAGCCCUUUGCGAAUACACCUGUAAAAACAGCACCGCCAUUUCGAAACCCCUCCUUUACCACACCAAGAAGAGCAUUCGAUCCAGACCUCUUUUCCGAGGCAUCGGGAGCCGAAUCAUCCCCAGCAGAUACCAUCGGCGGGGACGAUACACCUGAACCAGAUAUUCAAAAGAUUAGCGCGGGGAUGGCGGUCUUGCAGAGUCCGACACACAAGACGCCCUUGUUUGGAAAGUACGGAGCUGGAUUUCUGGGUAGCAGUCCGGGGCGAGGGGAGCGAAGAGGAGCGAAGAUCAGUACCGCCUUGACACACAAAUUGAGGAAGCGCAAGAGGGUUAAGCAAGAUGUCAAGAUGUUUGGAGGAGGAAUAUCGGAUUCCGAGUCGGACGAGGGCGAUUCUCGACCUAGUAGCAAGAAAGGUGGCAAGGCAGAGCAGGAGAAGAAGGAGCAUUGGUUUGGAUCGUUUAUGUCGGGAAUUGAAUCGAGACCAGGACUGCCAUAUACGCUUUCGGAGUACAUUCAAGUUGGAUUCAACUUGCUUUUCUUAUUCCUGACAGUUUUCGGAAUAUACACCUUCUGGUCGGCUGUCAAGGAAGAUAUCACAAACGCCUCGAAUAUCGAAAUCUCAAUUGCGCAAGAGUCAAUAGCUCAAUGCGCUCGCGACUACGUCAACAAUAGAUGUGGACCUGAUCAACGAGUGGAAGCCCUCAGAAAAGUGUGCGCGGAUUGGGAUGUGUGUAUGCGACGGGACGCCCAAGCAGUAGGAAGAGCAAGAGUCAGUGCCCACACAUUCGCCGAAAUUGUGAACAGUUUCGUGGAGCCCAUCAGCUACAAAACCAUGGUAAGUCCAAUAUUCCCUUCCAGAUCCAUAGACAUCAAGUUAACAGUACAGAUUUUCGUAAUUCUCACAAUCACGGGGGUCCUCGCAGCCAACAACAUCGCCUUUGGCGCCUUCAGAUCCAAACUUUCUGCUCCACAUAUCCCCCAACAGCACGCACCUCCACCUACUUACUUCCCGCCCCCAACACCACAACAUACAUACCAAUGGGGCGCACCACCUCAAACGCCACAACACAAUAACCAUUUUAUCAAUUAUGAACAUGAGCAAGGUGUUAAGCAGAUUAUGCCAAGUUUCACACCUGGCCAGAGGAGUCCUAGUAAAGGCCAACGAAGUCCCAGUCGAGGGAGGAUUGGAAGAAGUCCUAGUAAGCAGUAUUGAGAGCUUGGAGUUUGUGUUUUCUUUUGUUUUCCUUUUCUUUUGUUUUUUUUAGCAGGCAGGUUGGGAGCGUGGAUCUGGGGCGUUGAAUGUUGGGUAGGGUAAGGGGAAGCGCGGCGCGAAUGGUGUACAGUACAUGGGGAUAUAUUGUUUGGGUAUGGAAUGGAUGGGAAUGGUAUAUCUGGUUUAGUCGUGAGUUUUUUUUUUGAAAUGCCAUAUUCAUCGAUUCGCCCUUUUUCGCACU